GCACAAGGAGUUGUGAAAAGUAACGCACAACUGGCCACCAGGAGAAUUCAUUCCCUCCACCUUCUCUGUAGCACCUCCCACUUCUCUUCUUUUCAUAGCAGCCCUUUCUCUCUGAAAAUCUCAGGUUACUUGACCGGGAGUUCUCAGACCUCCAGUUUCAGCCCUGCCCUCAGCCUCCCGUCGGUGAGAGUCACCCAGCCCCAGCAAUUGGAUUGGGCAGCCCGUCUUGACACACCACUGUGCUGAGUGCUUGAGGACGCGUUUCACCAGAUGGUUGGGGUUAGUGUGUGUCAUCACAUUCGAGUGGGGAUUAGGAGCGGGACGGCUGCCUUGCUGGAGCUGUGUGGUCUUCUCCAAGUGAGAGCUGCAGGCAAGAGAACGACUUCGCUUGCAGAACGAGAGGAGGAAUUCAUUUUCUGCAGCCUCAAGAAAAGCAGGGGUUGUUUUUUUUUCAGCUGUCCAUUGAUCUACCAUUCUGAUCAACCACUAGUCUGACUGUCUCAGAAGCGGAAUUGGAGGUGUUGUUACAAUCACUUCUGCCACUGCCCUUGGGAAGCUUAGGAUAGCCACUGGACUGCCUCAUUGACUUCAGGUGCCAACGGCCACCCACCGUCAUCUGAAGAAGGUGAAUUUGGCAAAUGACAUGCAGGUUCUCCAAGACAGAGUAAUUGCAGAAAAUCUUCAAAGGACCCCAUCUGCAGAUGUUCUGAACACCUCUGGGUAUAGAAAUUGAUUUUUCAACCAGGAUACCUAAUUCAAGACCUGCAGAAACCAGGAGGCUGAGACGUUUUGUCGGUUUUGCGACAUUGGACCAAACACAAUGAAGUAUUCGUGCUGGGCUCUGGUUUUGGCCGUCCUGGGCGCAGAACUGCUGGGGAACCUCUGUUCGACUGUCAGAUCCCCGAGGUUCCGAGGACGCAUACCGCAGGAACGGAAAAACAUCCGACCCAACAUUAUCCUUGUGCUCACUGAUGACCAAGAUGUGGAGCUGGGGUCCCUGCAAGUCAUGAACAAAACGAGAAAGAUCAUGGAGCAUGGGGGGACCACCUUCACCAAUGCCUUUGUGACCACGCCCAUGUGCUGCCCGUCCCGGUCCUCCAUGCUCACCGGGAAGUACGUGCACAACCACAACGUCUUCACCAACAAUGAGAACUGCUCUUCACCCUCGUGGCAGGCGAUGCAUGAACCUCGGACUUUUGCUGUGUAUCUUAACAACACCGGCUACAGAACAGCCUUUUUUGGAAAAUAUCUCAAUGAAUAUAAUGGCAGCUACAUCCCUCCUGGGUGGCGAGAAUGGCUUGGAUUAAUUAAGAAUUCUCGUUUCUAUAAUUACACUGUUUGUCGCAAUGGCAUCAAAGAAAAGCAUGGAUUUGAUUAUGCAAAGGACUACUUCACAGACUUAAUCACUAACGAGAGCAUUAAUUACUUCAAAAUGUCUAAGAGAAUGUAUCCCCAUAGGCCCAUUAUGAUGGUGAUCAGUCACGCUGCGCCCCACGGCCCCGAGGACUCGGCCCCACAGUUCUCAAAACUGUACCCCAAUGCUUCCCAACACAUAACUCCUAGUUAUAACUAUGCACCAAAUAUGGAUAAGCACUGGAUUAUGCAGUACACGGGACCCAUGCUGCCCAUCCACAUGGAAUUUACAAACGUUCUGCAUCGCAAAAGGCUUCAGACUUUGAUGUCAGUGGAUGAUUCUGUGGAAAGGUUGUAUAAUAUGCUGGUGGAAACGGGAGAGCUGGAAAACACUUACAUCAUUUACACCGCCGACCAUGGUUACCAUAUUGGGCAGUUUGGACUGGUCAAGGGGAAAUCCAUGCCAUAUGAUUUUGAUAUCCGCGUGCCUUUCUUUAUUCGUGGUCCAAGUGUAGAACCAGGAUCAACAGUCUCGCAGAUCGUUCUAAACAUUGACCUGGCUCCCACGAUUCUGGACAUCGCUGGGCUCGACCCUCCUCCCGAUGUGGACGGCAAGUCUGUCCUCAAACUUCUGGACCUGGAAAAGCCAGGUAACAGGUUUCGAACAAACAAGAAGGCCAAAAUUUGGCGUGAUACAUUCCUCGUGGAAAGAGGGAAAUUCCUCCGUAAGAAGGAAGAAUCCAAUAAGAAUAUCCAACAGUCAAAUCACUUGCCCAAAUAUGAGAGGGUCAAAGAACUGUGCCAACAGGCCAGGUACCAGACGGCCUGUGAACAACCUGGGCAGAAGUGGCAGUGCAUCGAGGAUACAUCUGGCAAGCUUCGCAUUCACAAGUGUAAAGGAUCCAGUGACCUGCUCACCAUCCGGCAGAGCACGCGGAACCUCUAUGCUCGCGGCUUCCACAAGGACAAAGAGUGCAACUGUGGAGAGGCUGGUUAUCGGGCCAGCAGAGGCCAGAGGAAGGGCCAGCGGCAGUUCCUGAGAAACCAGGGGACUCCGAAAUACAAGCCCAGGUUUGUGCACACUCGGCAGACACGUUCCUUGUCGGUCGAAUUUGAAGGCGAAAUAUACGACAUAAACCUGGAAGAAGAAGAAUUGCAAGUGUUGCGGCCACGAAACAUUGCCAAGCGUCAUGAUGAAGGCCACAAGGGACCAGGAGGUCGCCAAGCUGCUGGCGGUGGCGACGGGGACAGCAUGCUAGCAGAUGGUGGCAACGCUGUGGGCCUGCCCACCACCGUCCGAGUGACCCACAAGUGCUUUAUUCUUCCAAAUGAUACAAUCCAUUGUGAGAGAGAGCUGUACCAAUCAGCCAGAGCCUGGAAGGACCACAAGGCGUACAUUGACAAAGAGAUUGAAGCAUUGCAAGAUAAAAUUAAGAAUUUAAGAGAAGUGAGGGGGCACCUAAAAAGAAGGAAACCUGAAGAGUGUGUCUGCAGUAAACAGAGCUAUUACAAUAAAGAGAAAGGUGUAAAAAAGCAAGAGAAAUUAAAGAGCCACCUUCACCCAUUCAAGGAGGCCGCUCAGGAAGUGGACAGCAAACUGCAGCUUUUCAAGGAGAACCGCAGGAGGAAGAAGGAGAGGAAGGAGAAAAAACGCCAAAGGAAGGGGGAGGAGUGCAGCCUUCCUGGCCUCACCUGCUUUUCCCACGACAACAACCACUGGCAGACCGCCCCCUUCUGGAACUUGGGGUCUUUCUGUGCGUGCACAAGUUCCAACAAUAACACCUACUGGUGUUUGCGUACAGUUAACGAGACGCAUAAUUUUCUGUUCUGUGAGUUCGCCACGGGCUUUUUGGAGUACUUUGAUAUGAAUACAGAUCCUUACCAGCUCACAAAUACAGUGCACACGGUAGAACGCGGCAUUUUGAAUCAGCUACACAUCCAACUGAUGGAGCUCAGAAGCUGUCAAGGUUACAAGCAGUGCAACCCAAGACCUAAGGGCCUUGAACUGGAGGACAAUUAUGGGAUGGCUGGGAAGGUUAAUCUGCGCAGUCUCACUGCAGACAUCAACUGGCAAGGCCUGGAGGGGUUAUACAGCGUGAACGAAAGCAUCUAUGAAUACAGACAGAACUAUAGACUUAGUCUGGUUGACUGGACUAAUUACUUGAAGGAUGUAGAUAGAGUAUUUGCACUGCUGAACAGUCACCACGAGCAAAAUAAAACAAAUAACACUAAACCUGCUCAAAGUGAUGGAUUCCUGGCUGCAUCUGCUGAGCUCCCUGUGCCAGCAGAGAUGGCCUCCGCUGAGUCAGAGGAAGACCCACGUCCUACAAUCGGGGAAGCCCCUCCUUUGACCUUCCCAGCUGACCUUCGAACCCUGCAUUUGAACCGACCGACAUUCAGUCCAGAGAGGAGACUUGAAUGGAAUAACGACAUUCCAGAAGUUAGUCAUUUGAAUUCUGAACACUGGAGAAAUCACAAAACUGACAAACGGAUGGAACAUGGAGAGAGAAACGAUCUUGAAACUGAUUUCAGUGGCAAUGGUGUGAGCAAGCUGGUGCUCAAGCCCAGCCCCAGGCUGCAGCCCCUUAGCAGGCACCAGAAAGAACUUCCCUGGGAAGGUGGCCCGGGGCAAGAUGUUUUCGAAGAUCGACUGUAUCUCCCUGUGCGUUCUGACGUUGAUUCUACUCAUCACAUGGUCAGAGGGUCCACCUCGGAGGAGCCUAUUAACUCCAGCAGGGAGAGCGUGCGGAACAAGGUGGAGAAGAACCACAGAAGUGAGAGCUUACAGACUCUGGAAGGCAGUGCCUCCUUUCCGCUCGCCUCUGAUUAGGUGAAAUUGUUACCUUAUCCUAAACACAAUAUUUUUUUAACUUUUUAUUAGCAAACUAAUAAAGGUAAUCAUGACAACCAACAUUCCAAGCUACCCUAGGCACAUACGUGCAGUACAAGUCGGUGUGCAUGCGAGCAGACGCCCAAGGAUUCAGUGUUGUCACUAUGUGUCAAGAGUAGUAAGAAAAGUGGAUUUGUGGAUUUUGGGGGGCUUUGGGGGGGGGCUACUAAAACAGUAUUAUCUUUUGAAAGCUGUAGGGGCAUGCAUAUAUUGAUGCUAUCCAAUGAAGAUGGCCAGAAAGGUGCCUUGCUGAGUUUCUGAAACUGGACAUCCUUGGUCAAUCUUUCCACACACUUUCCACUGCCUGUACCACGUGGUUUGGGUUCAUUUUUAACCACUGGAGUUUUUUGAUGCCACCGUUUUUAGCUCAAUGAUUUUGCACUUUGAGAUCGGAAUGCCAUGUCAAUUUGACUAGUCUUGAUUUUAUUAUUAGUAUUAUUUUUCUACAGGCUUGUCACAGUCUCACUGCUUGCUCUCAGUGUGACAAAAUAAAAAAUUUAAAAAAAAAUCCCCAAGGACGACACACAGUAUGGCUCCCAUAUUGUUUCACAUACGCUUUUGCCGGAAAAUAUUGCAUGUGUUUUGCCUCGACUUGCUAAGAUUGAUUAGCAGAAAGGCAUGGCUAAUGAUGUUGGCAGUAAAAAUAAAUAAAUACACAAAACAAAGAUUGCCUGCUUUCUCUGUGCCUAGCCUCAAAGUGUUCACCCUGUGCUUCAUGUUGCUGAAUUUUUAUUAUUUUCUUAACAGGAUAAAAGAACUGAAGACUUUUUUCUCCCCUCAUCUUUGUUUUCUCGACCUGGCUAAUAAUAAUAAGCUUAAGUGUUGAGAAAAAUAUAUUUCAUUUUGAAUUUCCAUAAGGAUUCGUUUUUCAAUAAAACAAACUCAUGAAUGUUUCAUAAUGUAAACACACCCUAUGUGUUGUAUGAUUAUUUUUAAGGCCUUCACCAAGUUCUGUCUUUUUAAAGGCAGAGUUCAAAAUGGCUUUUCAAAUUUUGUGUUCUUGAAAAUAUUCUUGUUAUGUAAUAGAUUUUUAAAAUACCAGCAAAAGGAUUACCUCAUUGAAAGUUACCAGUAUCCUAAUCAUCUUCCCAGAAAUAGCUUCACAGUGAUUUUCUUUUUAGAUAAUUCAAACACAUAGGUAAAUUAUGUUUCCUUUAAGUGUUUAAGGUAAACUCUUUUAAAGAAAAUUUAAUAUGUUAUAGUUGAAUCUUUGAUAACUUUAAGCCUUUAUUAUAGACCCUGUACAUAUGUUAAAAUUAACUAGCUCUUUAUCAGAUGUGUGUGUCACUGGCUGAAUGACAGAAGAAACAUAUUUAUGGUCAUGAAUGAUGUGCUUUGUAAAAAAAAGUUUCAAGUUAUUAGGAAGCAUACUGUGUUUUUUUAAUCUUGUGUAAUAUUCUGUGAUACUUUUAUAGAACAAUUCUGGCUUCAGGAAAGUCUAGAAGCAUUAUUUCUUGAAAUAAAAGGUGUUUAAACUUGA